GGCAGCUCCCCACUCCCGUGCCCAGCGGUCACCGCUCCUCAAAUAUUCCCCGAAAUUUCCGGGAAAAAACGAUACCCAAUCCCCUCCUCUUUCUCCUCCAGUUUCCCAAAUCGAGCAGUCGACGGAGAGCCCGGCCAGGGAGAGGAGGGUUCGGGCUCGAGGGUUCCAGAUUCAAUUCCUCCCCGAAUCUCGCUACUGGCUUCUCUAUCACGGAUCGCCGCGAAUCCCCAAGGUUGUCGCGGAUUUCGGCAUGCCCUAGCCAGCCUGCGGCGAUCGUUUCGCGGUCGGGCUCGUCAUGUCGUGGGGGCGGUUCAGCCUCCACCAGGGGGCGACCCGGUCGGGGAUGCGGCCGAUGGGGAGGUGCUCCACGCAGAAGCCCGCGCCCUGCACCGUGGUGGUUAUUGAUGAAGAGGAUGGUGAUGAUGCCUCCGACUCGGAGGUUUUCAUAAUCGAUGACGCCGCUGGGUAUCAGACCAAGAAAAGGAACGGUUCCUCUGGUAAUGUGAUUAACAUAGAUGAUGAUGAAGAGGUGGAGGAGGGUAUUGGCAGGGAUAAGGCAGGCCCCAGCACAUCCCCUGCGGCUGGGUCUCCAGCAGCUUCCACGCCGGGGCGUGGUUCUCCGAGAAACAGAUAUGGGUUGGAUUGCACAUCUGACAGCUCUCAGAGUGAUUCAUCUGAGGGAUGGGACUCUGACACCGAUGAUGGCGGCACCUCGGAUUGCGAGAUUAUGGAUGACACGUCUGGGACAGCCCGUAAGGUGUGGGAGACAGCUGCUUCAAGAAAAAAGAUGCCUCAUGGUAUCCAUGAGAGCAAAGAUGGUAGGGCUACUGCAUCCACAUCAAGUGCUGGGUCGGACACACAAUUCAAUGAAAAUAAAGAGGGCCGCUUUGGUUCAGAAUGCCAUCUAAACGAAAACAUCUUUCAUUAUUUCAGUGAUGCAUGGAAGGAAGGCGCGCAAAAUAGUACUGGUGGUGCAAAGGAUGGCCAUGGUCUUUCUUCAGUGCCGAAUGCAAACGAGUGUUCAAACAGAAAUGUUACCGAUGAUAAAGAAACAAAACACGAGCAAAAUAUUAAUGGCGGUGCAAAGGAUGACCCUGCAGAGUGCCAUCUAAGGUGUGGAAGUACGUCUGGGACAGCCCGUAAGGUGUGGGAGACGGCUGCUUCAAGAAAAAAGAUGCCUCAUGGUAUCCAUGAGAGCAAAGAUGGUAUGGCUACUGCAUCCACAUCAAGUUCUAGGUCGGACACACAAUUCAAUGAAAAUACAGAGGUUCUCUUUGGUUCAGAAUGCCAUCUAGACGAGAACAUCUUUCGGUAUUUCAGCGAUGCUUGGAAGGAAGGUGUACAAAAUAGUACUGGCGGUGCAAAUGAUGGACAUGGCCUUUCUUCAGUGCCAAAUGCCAACGAGCGUUCAAACAAAAAUGUUUCCAAUGGAAAAGAGACAGAACACGAGCAAAAUAUUAAUGGCGGUGCAAAGGAUGACCCUGCAGAGUGCCAUCUAAAUGAGAACAUAUUUCGGUAUUUCAGCGGUGCAUGGAAGGAGGGCGUGCACGAUAGUACUGGCAGCGCAAAGGAUGUCCAUGGCCCUUCAGCGCCAAAUGCCAACAAAUGUUCCAAUGGAAAAGAAACCGACUGCAGAGCAAGUUCCAAUCUAGACCCUGAUACAGCUUGUAAUGAUAAAACGGCUCACCCCCACAAUAGCGCUGUACCUGAAAAAGCCCCAGAAGGAAUUCAUUCUCCUCGCCUAGAUGAAACCUUCGUCUAUAGAUUUUUCUCUGCAAACAGGGUGUUUCCCACAAGCUCCUCGGCAGAUCGGAAAGAUGGAAGUCCUCCAAUGUUUGUCUGUACUCCUGAAAAGGUUGAUGAGAAGAUACCUGAUGGUUUAUAUUCACAAAAGGAUCAGUCACCACCAGACGCUCAUAAUGUAAUUAACAAAGAUAUGUUUUCUGCAAAAGAUGAUGGUCCUGUCAGUGCUCAACAAACAGAAGUUCCACCUUUUACUAGCAGAUGUGACUGCUCAAGACAAUUUGGAGGAAAGUGUCCUCAGCUACAAGCUAACUCUUGUGCAUGUGCUGCAGCCUCCAUUAAGAAUACUUCUGUAAAUGUCAUAUCAGGAAGUUGCUCUUUGCCUCAGAAGGAUUUGGUUGAUGAUCCUGAAGAAUUAGGACCAUUUACUUUGGUUCAAGACGCUUCAGGCAUUCAGGGUGGUCUGAUUGGUGAACGUGAAAAGCACAAAGAAUCUAUUGAGUACAAGCGGGCAGCAGAGGAGGAGUGGGCAUCCAGACAGCGUCAAUUACAAAUACAGGCUGAGGAAGCAAAGAAAUUGCGAAAGAGAAAGAAAGCUCAAACUUUACGAUUGCUUGACAUGGAGAAGAGACAAAAGCAACGAGUACAAGAAGUCCGUGAAUCACAGAGAAAGAAUGAAGAAGAUAUACAGCUAAAGGAGCAGUAUCGAAGCGUAGUAAGAAAGGAGCUUGAAGAUACGGAAAGGCGAUACAGAGAUAUGACAUCAAUAUUGCGUGUGUUAGGCAUCCCUGUUGAAGGUGGUGAGGUUAAAGCUGCCUAUAAGCAAGCUCUUCUGAAAUUCCAUCCAGACAGGGUAUCGAGAAGCGAUAUUUAUCAACAGGUCAAAGCAGAGGAGACAUUCAAGUUUAUUUCACGCCUGAAAGAGAAGCUACCUCGUUUUCUUUGAUAGCAUAUUCCAGUUUGCAAAGACCAUCUGGAACCCAUUUCUUUUUUUGCGUGUAUUCACCUUUGCGUAGGCAGACAUCUUACCUGCAGGCUCAAGAUCCAGAGUUCAGAAGAUAUUUAUUGUCGUCCUUAGAACUA